AUGGACGUAUUUCGUUCAUCUGUUAGUGGUACAUGUAAUGGUGGUGGUCUCUCCCAUCUCCCGCAGUCCCCAUCAACGGCCACCUGUGCCGCCCCACCGCUCUCCUCCACCAUCUCCACAACUUCUCCACCCAACAUCACGACAACGACGACUAACACCGCUGCGAAUACCCACACACACGCACAUGCAUAUAGUAACAUCAUGGGUGGAUUACGACCACACACCUCCAUGCACUUCACAGCAGGUCCAUUCGACGUAGGACCCAGUGAAGCUGCACGAUUGGAGGAAUUACGGAAUAUACUGCGAUUAUUGGAUGAUGUCUCUCGUGGACGACAUCAUGUUGUUUGGGCCGAACUUGUGGAUCCCCGUCAACCAGUGGAGUCCGCACGAAAAAUUACGGCAGCACUUGUACAACAUCCAGCUUCUUCAGGUGUUAUUGAGGCCAUCGCGGCGUGUAUUACAACACCUGCUCAUCUUGCUAUUGUUGCCGCACUGGAGGCACCAUUCCGAGUGCAGGUUCGAGAUGCUGUGCUGCAGGAACUACUCACAGCACUCACUACUUCUCGCAACCCGGGUCCAAUGCCCGUCUGUUCCGAAAUGCUUGCAGAGAUGGUACGGCUUAAUCUUGUUGUAUUGCGUGGUGUGGCGACAACACUUGAAAAGCUUUUAGAUUCCCCCGACACAAGACGUGCAGCCAUUGCUGUGCUUGGCAGACUAGCAGAUCAGAAUCGCGGUGAUGAAUUGUUUCUUCAGGUGGUACAGAAUGUGGAGCCACUGGUGCGGCGCAUAAAGGAACCAGAGUAUGACUAUGAUUGUAUUACCAUUGCCCGUUUACUGGGAUGGAGUACCGCAGAGAGAACAGGAGCAGGAGGAACAACAACAACAGCAGCCGCACCAUCGCUGGUGCCAGUAAAAACACUAGAGCAAUCCUGUGCUGUCACCUCUAUGGCGUAUUUCCGCCAACGUGAUGAACUUGUUUCAGCGACGUGUGAUGGAUCAGUUGUUAUUUGGGGAAGUCCAAACCCUAUUACUGGGGAUGUAAAGCCUUCUGUUACGAUAGAUCUCCCACAACAGUGUGUACCUAUAGCCAUGGAUGGUCCACCACGUGGGAACUACUUGGUUAUCGCAGGUAUGCCAUUUCCAUCAGGAAACCUACGUGCUAUGAUGAAUGAAGGUAUUAAUGGUUCUGAUAAUAAUAAUAGUAGUAAUAAUAAUAAUAAUAACACCACCAGCAACGGUAGCGGGAGCAGUAAAAAACGGAAUAUUUUAUCAUCACCUGCCAAAGGACCUGUAUUACGUUUUCUAACUUGCAAUGAGUCUACCGGAUCAUGGGCAAAUGGUGAGACCAUUACACGAAAGGAACAUGUAACACUAACUGCAGUAGCUGCUCUUUCAAACCUUGUUGUGUGUACCGCAGAAAGUAUACCAUCUGAACGAUUAACAGAAUCUGGAUUACAACACGAUUUAUUACUUCUUAAUGGUCAUACCGCACAACCAUUGCGACGAUUUGAACAUGUUCAUGAUGAUUACACCACUGUUCUUCGUGUGGGUGAAGAGGGUGAACAUGUGUUGCUUUCUGGUUCACGUGAUUGUGUGGUAAAGGUAUGGGAUACACGUAGCAGCAGUAGCGGUGGUAAUCGUGCUGCUCUCUCUACAGCCGUAGCUGCAGGCACCACCACCACAACAGGAGGAACCGCCUUUACACCAACGCAUCGAUUGAAGCACACACAUACAGAUACAAUCACCGCCAUUCUCCCACACCGCAAGGCGUUAUUAACAGCAUCUUUAGAUGGAUCUCUUCUUAUGUGGGAUACACGCCGAAUGACGGCCCCAGUAUGGGAAACACAUAUGACAGCACCAAUUAUUGAUGUUGCUCCUGCAGAAGGUGCGAAUAUUGUUGUCUCUACUGCACGUGGUCUUACACUUCUUUCUCUUGAGUCUCACAGAGCGCAGGAUAUUAUUUCAAAUGUUGUCCACACACAACUGCGGUCCAACGCGGAUGGUACGGUCAUCUUUGCAGCGGGAGGCAUUAACAAUAGUAGUAAUAGUAGUAGUGGUGCUGGCGGUGGGGUUACGGUGUAUGCGGUGCGACGGUAG